AUGGCAUUUUGGCUUGACCGACCACAAACUUCAUUGCAUUCGCUUGACUGCCUUUGCAUUGUCCACACUACCAUGCCAUACGCCGAACCAACCUCCCCAACCUCACCACUGUCACCACUAGUAGGAGCGCGCCCAAACCACGCAAGACGGCACUCCCGCAACAACUCGCUCGACUUUCGGCCCACCACCACUCCCAUGACUGGCCUCCCUCGCCGCUCAAACUCGUCGGCAAACUCGUCGACGACAACGACAACGCACGCUACCCGCAAAGGCACAUUGUCCAACGCACCUCGAACAGCAACCAACUCGAUUAGCCUUGAAACUCUUGAGGCCAUGAGCGCUGUCGAGUCACUGCGGUCGCCGCCAAUUAAGGGCCCAGACUACGGCAGUCUCGGACUCAGGCUCCACAGCCGCAACGCAUCUGAAGUCUCGAACACUCGCCCAACCCCACCAACAUCACCUGUCACCUACUCGACAACGUCGCUGCUGCAGCGUCAGAAGCGCCUGUCCAUUACCUCACUUCCUUCGCCGACCGAACCACUUGAACCACCAAGCCCUGCCGAGCACAGGCGCAUGUCGGACCGAAUGGUACGCAAGAAGUCGGGCGAGAUGGUCAAGCCGGCGCUCAAGAACCGUUCGAUGUCUACGCCGGACUUCAGCCGGGGUGAGUCCCAAGACUUAUCGGGCAAAUCCCAGUCGUCGCACAACUUGUGGGAGCGGACAAAGAGUGUGCGGUUUGACGACGGUGAACUGGAGUCGGUUGUCCUCUUCCUUCGUAGCCAGCGUCCCAACGCCGUCGCCAAGGCAGUUGACGGAGGGUAUAGCCCUGUCGAUGGGGAUGACGAACACGAGAAGGACCUGUCCGACUAUGUCCACUUCCGCACUCGCCGCAGUGGUGGCGCGCGUGGGUCCAACGGCGGGGACCAGACCGAUUUCCAGAUCGACACUUGCAGCGCUGUGCCGCGCGUGCGCCUCGAUUUUGGCCCGGGCACGCAAGGCAUUCUCAAGGACGAGUACGUUGUGCUUGAGCGCAUCGAGAUGUGUCAGCCAUUAGGGCUGCGAGGGUCGGUGCUCGUUCGCAACAUCGCCUUUGAGAAGUGGGUGGGCGUGCGCUUCACCCUGGACGGGUGGCAGACGAUCUCGGAGGUUUCGGCCUCACACGCAUCUAACAUCCCUCCUGGCACCACGGGCGACGAGGGCUGGGACCGCUUCUGCUUCAACAUCAAGCUAGAGGACUAUCGACGCAAGCUCGAGGACCGCGAGUUUCAUCUGUGUGUGCGUUACAACUCCAACGGCGGCGAGUGGUGGGACUCGAACGGUGGCCAGAAUUACCGCAUCACGUUCAAGCACCAGGUCGCUCUGCGCCAACGUCCCACAUCGCAGUUCUGGAGUGGCAGCCUCACCCACGGGGCCACGACAGUCGCCACUACCACGCUACCCCGCCGCCGUCAGCCUGGACACCGCCAUUGGACGUUCCCACAGUCGGAAAUGCCUAUCGCGCGCCCCGAUUCGCCUGCGCUUUCGCCGCCUCCUCAGGGCGCAUUCCGCCCACCAUCUGCGCCUGAUGUGCACUCUUACCUGCGCCUCAAGAAGUACUGUGCCCCCUCGCCACCCCAGUCGCCGCCCACGAAGCUUCCACCUGCAGCAGGGCUUGAGCCCAUUCUUCUGUCGCUGGCCCCUGAACACGCACGUGCGGCGCCUCCCCCACCGAUGACGCUUGUGCACGGUCGGCCCGCAACAACGUGGAUUCCCACGGGCCUCGCUGCCAACGACGAGGAUGUGUUUGCGACGUCGGAGUCGUCGUCCGAAGCCGGCGACCUCGGCGACAUUACGCCCACUGUCGCGCGCGCACGCUCGCCCGAGACCCAGCCCAUCCUCGAAGGUUCGCCAUUCGUCGCGAGCCCAGUCACGAGUCCCGUAACCGCAAGAACCGCAAGAGCUGCAAGACCCCAGGACAAGGGCGGCGCCAAGAUACAACGCAACACGUCUGUGUCUGGCGACCUCCAAUCUAUGGCAAGUGUAGACUCGAGCGUCGGUCUCAUGACACCUCCGAGCAGCAAUCUCUCGUCUCCGCCUCUCCACACGACACUCCUCCCUCCUGAAUCCCCCACUACCUCAAUGUCGACGGGCGACUCGUCGCCUGUAAACACGCUCAUCUCGACGACACCCGACGAGGUCGACGGACGCGACCACGACGGCCGCACACUCAACGCUGCGUCGUACCAGGAGUUCAUUGACAAGUUUUGCUUCUUCAAGUCGCCUCCUAGUGCGUCGAGGACGCUCGAGGACGAGUACGGCGGGUCGUACUUCCCUCCCAUCACCGGGAGCAGCUACUACAACAGCUUUUCUAUGGGCAGCACUACUCCACCAGGAGCGAUGACGCCGACGUUUGACACGUUCAACAUGGCGCGGGCCACGACGCCGACGAACGCGAGCAUCACUUCUGCCUCAGGCUCAACCCCCCGCGAGUCUCCUUCGCGCUCGCCCACGGCAGCAACCUAUCCCCUCCCAUGGACUCCUGGCGAGGAGUCUGCGCCGAGCGUGGCUGCGGCGUAA